AUGGAUGAUCUUGUUAUUAUGGGUCUUGAUACGCUUCAUCCCAUUGUUCGAAUCGGGGGCAUGUUUUUUCGAGGAACAUGGUUCCAUUGCAUCGGUACAGACAUUGUCGUUCCCGUAAGAAACGAUGUUGAACUAUCAAACAAGGAUUUACUUGUUUGUCAAAGAAGGCUUGUUUUGGAACAAAUCCGCCUCAUCCCCAAAAACCAACCAGAAAAAGCAUCACAAAAGCUGGAUGCGGAAGCCGAUAUGGAAGUUGAACAGGAAACCCAAAGUAUUCAACCGAACCGUUUUCCUGAUGACCAUGCACAACCUGAAAAUACUACUAAUAAUAAUGGGGGCCAUGACGAAGAAAUGGGAAAUGUUGAAGCUGCACGUGAAAACUAA